AUGACAAGAGUUUGGUCGCUAUCGAGUACUAAUGAGACCCAAGAAAGUCAAUUACUAAUUAUAUGGAAACAUGAGUCAAACCUAUUAAGUUUUGACAGCGGCUACCAGUCCUCUAUCAGCCAUUCGCUCAAUGAUGUAACCGAAGAAUUUGAUAAUCAUUUCAAUGAUUUCGAAGAAUUGGAAGACUAUUCACAUGUAAAUGAAGAGAACCGAUACCAGGAAUCAUCACAACAAGUCACUCAUGUUUUACACUCAAGAGUACAAAGUUCUCCCAUUCCUAUCCCACAAACAUCCAGACACCACAAGUCCUCCAUUAAUCACUCGAGUAGUUCAUUAUCAUCCCAUUCGGACCACUCAUUCACAUCAUCCGAGCAAUCAUUACAUUCUAUAGACUCUGUCCACUGUCUUAUCGGUCAUCCGCCCUAUGAUUGCGGUUGUAUUAGAGGCUAUAGAUAUCCAUUUAUGGCCACUAAUGUCACACAACAAACUCAAAGUUCUUUGCAAACAGAUUAUUAG